GAAACAGUCGCAGCCCUACCGUGUUGCGCGACGUCAAGUAACGACAGUUGCUCGUUGGGUCUACAUAAAGAAAGACCGUAGCAAUUGCUAUUAUUACGUGAUUUUGCAAAGUAAAUUGUCUUCAGGCAUCGUUUCGCGUAUUUAGUAACCGUUUCUUUCACCUAAAUCAGUAUUAAUUUCGUUACAUUAAUUAAAUUAAUUUCAAUCAUUAAAAAGUACGAGAAGUAUGUAUAAUUAUUGGAAACAAUAUUUAUUUGCGAAGCAUUGUGCGAUAUUCGUGCAAGAUUUAUUGUUUGUACAUUCUCCUAUAUUCAUGUUCAUAAACAUUGUUUAAAAAAGAUUUCGGUUUGGUAUACAAUUUUUUCGGUCGUAACCGCCAAAUAUCGAACGUCGAUAUAAUCGAUUACUUCGAUUUCUUUUUUGAUUAACUGUUAGUCGAAUUCAGCACUAUGACAUCGUUUUACGAUAGUCAUGAUUAUUACAAAAAAAUGUUGGAAUUGCAGGAAAAAUUACGAAAAAGCGAAGAAGAAAGGAUAAGAUUAGACGAGAGAUUCAAAAUACUUGUACAAGAAUCUCGUAAUAGGCACGAUGCAUGUAUAAAUCGAUUGCGUCUGAGGUACAUAGAGUUUUUAGAAGAACAACGUACCAGGGACGAAAGAAACUAUAAACUUCUCGAAGCAUUGGACAGAGUAGACAAUAGUCUUGCAUUGAUGACUUCGAAAACAAAUAGACUUAAUGUUCUCAGAAAACAAUACGAAGCGUAUCUUCGUCAAAUUUACGCUGUUCGUAGCCCACAAAGAAGUAUCGUCGACGAUAACGAUACGACUGGUCCAAUUAGAGAUAAAUACUUGGGAAGUAAUGCCAUCGAGGGACAGAUUAGUUUGCCUCGGGAAGUAAGAAGUAUCUCAUCGUCGCAAACGUUUCCGUCCAAUCAUCAAACAAGUACGAUCGUUUCUCCUUCAAGAAUGACUAAGUCGACGCAAGACACGUAUCCCAUUGAUUACCAACAGAAUCUUAUACAAUUAAGAACGUCGAAUCAGCGGAUAAACGACAGUCCUCUGCAAGUACACCAAAAAAUUCAACAAUUACCAUCUCCGAAUUUCUCACCGCGAGUUCUUCGGCAAAGACAGCAUUACGACGACAACGCGCAUCUCGUUUCUCACAACUUUCCAAAUGCAUCGCCUCGCUCGCAAAUCGAUUCGUCAAACCGAAACGCCAUUCAGGAUUUUAAUAAAUCCUCGCCUCGACGAACGGAACCAAGCCAUAGUCAAACCAUGCCAUACCUCGUAACACCUGAAUAUAGUAAUGAUAAUGUAUCGCGAUACACACCGGUGGGCAUAGUUCGGAAUCGAACUACCCCGACGACUUCUCAGUACUGCAUCAGUCCAUCGCUGGUAAUGCAAUCUCUUCGACAGACGAGUACCAAGCAAUUACCGAGUAAUCCGAGUAAGAACGACAACGUAACUUCUCCAGGGUUCCGAACCACGCCGAUAAUAACGGAAUGUACCGUGCCAGAUACGUCCUCGCUAAACGCACGCCUGAAUUUGUCGUCCAGGCAACCUCUUUCUAUUUACUUGAGCAAUUCCUUGACAAGUUCCGAAUAUCGCCAGAAACCAAUAUCCGACUCUCCUCCGUUCAAGUCUUCCUACGGCAGUUACGCGACAAAACGGAACGAACGGUUUAUUCCAAAACGUUUAAAUAACGCGUAUCGAUCGCCAACGAGUGCAAGGCACGUUCCCUUGGAAGAAGACAGAUACGGAGCAACGGAGGAUGUGGAAAACGAGCUGGACAGGUACAUCGGCAAGAUUCGAAAGCUUUAUCGCGACCUGGAUGCACAGAGUUUCGAGGAAGCCGACGAGCGGAGCUUGUUGGACGACGAAUUUUCUAUCCAAGGCAAACCAGAGAGAAACCUUUCCAAGGGAGUCGAAAACGUUUUAGCGUUGGCGGAUGAUCUCGCGGUUAGAACGGCGGACGUUAAAAAUGGCGAAAGGGAACGCGAUGAUAAAAAUAGAAAUCUCGAAUCGAUUCGAACCACGCGAACCUACAAGCCAAUUUCGGUAGAAAAUUCCGCCGAGAGUUUUGGUAAGCGCGAAGGACGCGCAACAUCGGUGGCGGAUGUAACAGACGAAAUUAGCAGCGAUGUCGCGUCAGUUGAUCCAGAAUUAGAUUUGCGUGGAAAUAUCGAAAAGCCUGAAAAAGAGUAUAUCGAUGACCCAGGUGGCGUUCGUACAUUGGAACGGUACGAGCAAUUACCUGAGGCGCGAGAAGACGAAUACGUUGCAUCGAAGAGCGUGGAACCGAAUGGCGAGGAUGGUAUAUCUGGAAAACCACGAGAGGAAACGCACUGCGAAGGAGAUAACGUUUAUAUGGCGGAGGAAACGAACCUAGAGCAACACUCGUUCGACGUUCCCGAAGAAUUGGAACCAUGGAACUUGGAUCACGUUGAGAAGCAAGUCAAAGAGAUGGAGUUAAUUAGCGAAAUUGAAGAACAAGCUGUGGAAAAAGAAUUUAACGACGGGAAUGUAGGGCAAAUUGAAGUUCAAAACGAAGCAGAUACUGUGGAAGGCCAACCAGAAGAGCGAGAUGAAGAUCUCAGAGAAGAGAUGGAAAUAACAGAUUCGAAUGAUAUAAACUCACAGGCAGAUCAAUCACAGGCAGAUCAAUCACAGGCAGAUCAAUCACAGGCAGAGGGUUCUGAACGUUUUAACACGGAAGAAGCUUAUAUCGAUAAAAAUGAAACCGAAGCAGGGGAGAUCUUCGCUUCGCAAGAUCAAGAAUCGAAGCACGAAGAUGGCACGGCCCGAAACGUAGAAUUUUCUCAAGAUAACUUUGAGGAACAAAAAGAGUACGCUAAUAACCAGGAAGAGGAAACAAGUCACGGCGAACAGGAAAAUUAUGCUGAAAACCCUGAAGCAACGUACGGCGAUUCGCACGAGGGAUUUAAUUACGAUCAAAACGCGUCGUACGCGAAUAACGAGCACCAAGAAUAUCAAGGGUACGGGAACGAAGAAUACGUGCAAGAUCCGAAUAAACAGUACCAAGAGUACGCGAGCGAACAAUACGAUCAGUAUGUCAACAAUCCUGAGAAUCAGUACGAACACGAUCCUCAUGCCCAAUACCAAGAAGAAGCGAAUCAACAAUUUUCUUACACUUACGACGAACAGUACGAUCCCAAUAAAGAAUACGAAACCGAUGUAAACCAAUCCUACGAACCCUAUCAGACAGAGGUCGCGCAAGAAGAGGAAAGCGGAAAGACGGAAGAAGGACAAAACGAAAAGUAUGAGGAACAACACGAGGAACAACACGAGGAACAACACGAGGAACAACACGAGGAACCAAAGAGUCAAGAAACGGAAGAAAAUCCAGCUUUCGAAAAGGCGGAUGAGAGCCAGAGUAAAAGUAGACAAUUAUCUUCCGAAAACGAACCAAAGAAAAAGAAAGACGUGAUAAAGUCCUUGUUAGAUUCCGACACGGACAGCACGAUCGAACGGAAUGUUUCAAACACGGAAAGUGAUUUUGAUUUUAAUUAAAAUGGGAAGAGUUAGGAAUAGUUUCGAACGAAAUCCAAGAUUUUCUGUUAAAGUGGAUUCUUCUCGGAUUCUUCUCAUUUCUAAACGCACAUUUAAUGUAUACAGGUUAUCCUAGAAUUAGUGUAAGAACCGGAAAUAAGGGGUAGCUGAGACGAUUCUGAACAACAAUUUCCUUUGCAAAAAUUUUGAAUGGUGCUUCGUUGUUGAAUUAUUAACGAAAAACCACCGACCAAUCACAGCGCCCGAAUAGUACGCGCUCAGCCGCGAGAGCAUUGGCUCGAGCCAGGAUUGGCUGGCUAUGCUAGGUCCCGGCGUAGCCACGCCUCUCCCCCCCCUCCCGCCCCUCCUUCCGGUUGAUUACUGAUUCUGAGAUACCCUGUAAAGAAACAGAGAACAGAUUUGUCUCUGUAUAAUGUAACUUUAGUGUAACAUAAUAAAAUAGCAUAUACUAGCAAGAAACAGUUCUUUCUUGGGAAUGUUUUCGUAGACAUUGAUGUAUCUUACUUUCCUAUCAAUUUUUAUUAAUUUAUUCUUCUUGUUCAUUCCUAAACGCACAUUUAAUGUAUAUAGAAACAGAGGACAGAUUUGUCUAUAAUGUAACUUUAGUGUAACAUAAUAAAAUAACAUAUACUAGCAAGAAAAAG